GCAGCACACAGGAGGGUUUCUGCAGGAACAACUCUCCCAGACUUUCAAAUGAAGGAGCAUUUCAACAUGGACUUAUAACUGUACUCAGCCUGAAGGAAGUCCAGGUGAAUGGAUGGAUCUUAAGACAGGGAUUCAUGCAGUAUGGAGAUGUUCGCCCCACGGUACUUUGUUUGGAUACUUCUGGAAGGAACCUUUGGUUUGUUUGUUCUUGGGCAACAUCAGGAUAAAGUCUCCUUCAGGACAACUGGACAUUUGAUUCCCAACACCAAACUCCCCCUUACCGGCCCCCAUGCUAAGCAGGGACUUCUGGAAAUACUCGGAGGAAACUCCCAGUCACACUCCAACCCAUCCUUAAAAAUAAAGCUCCGUCCAACCAUGAAAGUCCAUGGAGCAUCCAAGUUCUCCAGGACGUUCAGCUGGGGGGACUUCUACUCAAACAUUAAAACGGUCAAACUGAAUCUGCUGAUAAUGGGAAAGAUUGUGGAUCACGGGAACGGCUCUCUGGGAGUCUACUUCCGCCACAACUCCACAGGGGUGGGCAACGUGUCCGUUAGCCUCGUGCCCCCGAUGAAGGAGGUAGAGUUUGAUCUGGAGCGCCAGAGUGUGGUCAACCCCAAAGAGUCCAAGACCUUCAACUGCAGGGUGGACUACGAGAAGACGGAGCGCAACAAAAAGGUGAUGCUGUGUAACUACGACCCGUCCAAGACCUGCGCUCAGGAGCAGACGCAGAGCCACGUCACCUGGAUGUGUUCCAAGCCCUUCCAGGUCAUCUGCAUCUACGUCUCUUUCUACAGCACCGACUACAGACUGGUGCAGAAAGUGUGUCCGGACUACAGCUCCCACAACCCAGGAGCCUACCUGCCCACAGGUUAACCAGAGGGCAAAGAGAAUACUCCAAUACAUCCAGUUCAAGUGAAUGCUUGUUUUACCAUUGGUCAGCCUUUAAAGUAUACAGUAUGUUUUAGUCCAAUAUCUGCUUGUUCUAGACUACAAGAGCUGUUUUUAUGAAAUGCACAGUAUUAGGGGUGGAACAAACAUAUUUUCAUUGAUUGAUGUCAUUUCAUUUCAAACCUUUAUUAAA